CUGCGAGGGGUUUGCCCAGACGGAUGGGCACAGGUCGUGGUUCAGACUGAGUCUCACCACCAUGAUGAGGCGAGAUUUGAGUCCACGCCAGAGCGGGCAAGAGCGAGGCUCUGGGGUCAGUAUGUCAGAUGGCCAGCCCUCCUGGGCACGUUCCUCGCACUGCUCUCUGAAUCAGUGUAGAUGUCUGUGUUUCUGCACCCUCCGACCGACCUGUGUGCUCGCAUCCACCCUGUCGGCCGGCUGUGAGCCAGGACCUGACUCUUCACCUGUGUGUUCCCAGCUUCCAGGAUGGGAAGCAUCCUCUGCUCUCAGUGCACUUGAUGGAAACUUGAGUGAAUGGAGCUCUUGAAACUCACGGUCCACACCCUCUACAGAAGUGGAUUUAAGAAUAUAUUGCAGGAUUAGAUGAGGUUCACAGAGCCCUCACUUUCUUACCCAGUGUGUUAGCUGUCAUCUUGAGUUGAUGAGUAACCACUGGCAGCGGCUUGAGGUGGAAAGCCACUGGGGUGUUUGAGGUUUGGGGAGAACUUCAAGGUGGCUGGGCCUGGUUGCUCCCAUCAGUUCACUUCUUCUUCCACACCUGGUACAUGCUAGGUGCUGGGCUGGAGGCUGAGGCAUGACCUUAAAGGAGAUAAACCUGGCAGCUGUCCCCUUGGAGAUGCCAGAGACCCCUAUCCAAAGCCUUGUCUAAGAUCCAACUGUUCCCUUGGGAGGGAGUCUCCCUGACUCCCCAAGACCUACCCCUUCUUUCCCUGGUAGUCAGCUUUUCAUGGCUGUGGCCAAAAUGCCCAACGAGAACAAUUUAGAGGGUGAAAAGUUUCUUUGGGGCUCUCAGUUUCCGAGUGUCAGUGGCUGGUGGCUGACUCCCUGGCUCUGUCCGGGAGGUGAGGCAGCACAUCAUAGCUGAGGCAUGGUGGAGGAAGGCUGCUCAGCUCAGGGUGUAGCAGCCAGGAAGGUGCGAGAGAAGGAGAAGCCAAUGAAAGCAGCUGCCUGGGACAAGGUUUUGGAAGGACUGUGACCCAGGAGCUGCAUAACACCACUUACUCCAGGUGUGGGGACACCAGCAGAGCCUCCCGUCCUGCCACAGCCACCGCCCAGGCCACCCGGAAAGGGAAGCAGAGCUCUCCCCAGGCCAGGAGGAAGAAGGCAGGGAGACAGGUGGGGCCUCCGGACCUGCAGGGGACGACCUCGGGCUUUCGGGAGUGAACAACCGUGGGAAACAGGGGAUGGCGCAGACUGACGGACUCACCCCGCCCAGGGAGGCUCCUGGCCAGCCCCGAGUGUCCAAGCUGGUCCUCCUGGGAAGUGGCUCCGUGGGCAAGUCCAGCCUGGUGCUCCGGUACGUGAAGGACGACUUCAAGAGUGUCCUGCCGACUGUGGGAUGUGCGUUCUUCACAAAGGUGGUGGAUUUGGGAGCCUCGUCUCUGAAGCUUGAGAUCUGGGACACGGCUGGCCAGGAGAAGUACCACAGCGUCUGCCACCUCUACUUCAGGGGCGCCAAUGCCGCGCUGCUGGUGUAUGACAUCACCAGGAAGGACUCCUUCCACAAGGCCCAGCAGUGGCUGGCAGACCUGGAGAAGGAGCUCCACCCAGGGGAGGGCGUGGUGAUGCUGGUCGGCAACAAGACGGACCUCGGCGAGCAGCGGGAGGUGACUUUCCAGGAAGGGAAGGAGUUUGCCGAGAGCAACAAGUUGCUGUUCAUGGAAACCUCCGCCAAGCUGAACCUCCAGGUGUCCGAGGUCUUCAGCACCGUGGCGCAAGAGCUACUGCAGAGGGAGGCCAGGCAGAGCCACAGCGCACAGGGGGAAGCAGCCGUGGUUCUGAAUGCGAGUCCUGCCCCGCAGGCCAAAUGCUGUGCCCGUUAGAAGUGCCACUCCAGGGGGCCAUGGCAGGACGUCCAAGGCCAGGCCGGGGGUCUCCAGGGUGAGCCACUCUCGGCUUGGCUCUUCAUCAGUUGUACUUCGUGGCUGGUGCUGGACUGUGCCUGAGGGCUGGCAGCUUCCAGAAGUUGGCGUCCUUUGUAAUACCCAGUUCCCAAAGCUGGGGGUGAUGGUCAGGGGAGGAUAUGGUGUCAGAUGGCUCCCAGAAGACUGUUGCCCACCGUGGCAGAUCCUGUCUGGUUCCUGGACACCCCAGUCACCUAAUUGAUUGCUUUGUCACCAAACGUGGAGGGUUCGUAUGAGGCAGAGAGGAAGCAGAGAUCAGGACUCUGCUGAUAGCCAUGGUGGACAGACACCUCCAUCUGGCUUGGCGGGGAUGCUGGGCUAGGGCUGGGCCCACCUGGUUCUGGGAGGUGGGAGAGAAGGAAGAGGCCUACCGGGAGGUGGCGGUGAUGGACCUGGGUGGCUGAUCUCAGGCGGUGGCCCCGGGGAAGGUGCCAGUGCAGGCUGCUGAGAUGGAGUAGGCAGCCACCGUCCUGCUGGGGGCACAGAGGCUCCGACUUGUACCCUGACGUGGAAGUUGUGCUGUCGAAGCACCUUUUUCUCUUAAGAUUAAACUGCUUUGAAGCA